AGGUUGCUGAUGAUCGCUUUCCGUAUUAUCCGCCGACGGGCCCGGCCCCUGCAGGGCGCGCUGUCCGUGCUGCCCCGCGCCUUGCCUACUCCCAUCGGACAUACCGACAGUCUUUAAUUGGUUCUUGAUUCACCCUGCCCAAUUGCCCAAAAAGCUUGUGACCACUGCACUUUCUCGCGCCCCAAUUUUAUGACUUCAACAAUAAUUUCGAACCGCGAAACUUCGCGUGCUCACUCCUCCCCUGCUGCCGUCGUUUUCCCAACUUCCCAGCUUUGCCAAUCACUCUCUCUCUCUCUCUCUCUCUCUCUCUCUCUCUCUCUCUCUCUCUNCUCUCUCUCUCUCUCUCUCUCUCUCUCUCUCUCUCUCUCGCCCCUGCCGCGUUUGCUCACUUACUAGCUGCGAGCCUUUGUCACCUUCUCCCCGUCAAUCGACCUCUCUCUCUCUCUCUCUCUCUCUCUCUCUCAAGGCUACUUGGGAGAGAAGAGGAGGAGAGGAGAGGAGAGGAGAGCAGAGGAGUGGAAAGAAGAGUGAUCGUGAUCUGCGAGUUGGCUGCUGCAAGCUGCCUUUGCCUUUGCCUUUCGCUUCGUUAAAAGCUUUUAUUGACGCCGCCGCCCGCAGCCGAAUAUCCCGAAUUCUCGCGGCUGCCUGACCCGGCCGACUGCAAAGAAAAGCGCUGCGCUGUGCUGUGCUCUUCUCUUUACUGCGGAUUAAAGGACGGAUCCUGCACAAUUGCCGAACGGAUCUUCCGAUCACGUCUUGGUCGUCAGGAUCGCCGCGGUUCGCCAGGAUGAAGACGUCAGGCUGACCUCUAGAGUAGUGACGCUAUUCUGCUCCCCGCUCCUGUACACUCCCCACUCCUCUUUUCCCCUCCUCCUCCUCCUCCUCCUCCUUGUGCCUUUCUGGGUGUCCUUUCUCCUUGUCGUUCUCUCUCCCCUCUCGCCGCCUCACCCUUCCCCCAAGUUCCCCGUGCGCGCUAAGGGUUGCCGAAAACGGAUUCCCAAUGGCCCUCUUCGAACAUAAGGCCUCCCUCUUCGAACAUAUUAAGGCCUCCCUCUUGGAACAUAAGCCUUACUAGGAGGCCUUAUGUUCCCGAAAGUCCCGUUCAAAUCUGAGGGGUGCUUCACCAAAUUUUCCUUCCAAUUCGAGGUCCUUUUCCAAGUUUGGCUCGAAUUUGAAGGUGCUUCCUCAAGCUUGGCUCCAAAUUGCACAAAUUUGGAGGUGCUUCCUCAAAUUUGGCUCAAAAUCCGCCAAAUUUGGAGGUGCUUCUCUCCAAAUUUCGCUCAAAAUUCGUCAAAUUUGGAGGUGCUUCUCUCCAAGUUUCGAGUUCUCGAAAUUGCCGCGGCCGCCGAACCAGCGGAUGCGUUGGUGUCUAGGCUCUCAGUGAUUCAACCUUUCGACCUGUCAGCCGUUCAACGUCCUCGUGUGCCUGAAUCAGAUGCGUGGAAAAAGGUCUGGCUCCGAGGAGACAGUACAGUAUAUAUAUCAAGAGAAAAGAAGAAGAGAAAGAUUCUGAAGAAGAACCGAAAGAAGAAAAGGAAGAAGAAGAAGAAGAAGAAGAAGAAGGAGGUAGAAAUUAGAGCAAUUGGGAGAAGAAAAAGAUGGUAGAUACACACCGGUAGGAGACAGAACUGCUCGCAGAAAAUUGGGAGAGAAGGAUGAGUUGGAACAAGCCGGCGAUGGACAACAAGAAGAGAUGUGAGAACACUGUUGCGUGCUCGCGCAAGAGUCCCAAGACCACACAAUAUGGGCAAGAAAGAGGGACUCGAGGAGGAGGCGGAGGACGAGAGGAUCGAUAAAAUUGGUAAAGAUGAUUGGGAUGACGACUACGCCGAUCGUGAAGACAACAACGACGUGAGGAGUAAUCGGAGAAAAGCAGUACGACGAGGAGGAAUCGGAGAAGCAGUACGAGGAGGAGGAGGAGGGGUGCAGAGGCCAGUGACGAUUCCGAGGAUGAUGAGGAUAAUUCCUGUGCGUGUGAUUGCGUGUGAUUGCGUGUGAUUGCGUGUGAUUGCGUGUGAUUGCGUGUGAUUGCGUGGCGUGCCGCCGGGAAAAGGAAAAAAAAAACAAGGCUUGCGUCUAGCCUUUCUACCACUCUUAGGUCCAGACCGUCCAGCCCAACGACCAGCAAUCAUCAAUUCCCCACCAUCCUCUUCACCGAACCAUUAGCGGUCAUCUUCUCCGUCUCCGAUGGGCUGGAAAGAAUUUUCAGCUGGAAAGUUAUCGCGACGCUCGAAGCGGGCAAGCUCCCAACUCGAGCCCCUGACUGCACGGGUCUGAAUACGCGAAGGCGAAGCGGAUGUGGUCGUAGCCGUGGCUGUAGGCGUUCGUGGGUACGCGUGUGCUUGUGUC